UGUGUAAGUUCCUUUGUGGGAUACCUGAACAGUUGCUCUUGUCGGUGAAUGAUCGACCGUUAUUGGUUUUAGGCAACAUAGCCUAAUUUCCCAUACAUGCCAGGUGAAGUCUUGAAGGUAAGUUUUAUAAUAUUUUGUGCUAUUGUGCAUGGCUAAUCUUUCGUUUAUUACUUUAUUGUAUUUAUUAGGACUAGCCUAUUUUUUUCAGAAAAUAAGUUUGCAUUUGAGUGUCUAGUUUGACCAAAUAAACACUGAUUCGGAAAACAGCAAUAUUGUAGGCUAUUGUUAUUUUUUUCAAUGAAAAAUGUUAAUUAUCUGAACAACACACCAUAGUUUGUAUAAAGCAGUGUAUGUUUAGCCACAUUUGUAUUCAAAUAAUACGUUUGUUCCAGUUAAUCAGUAAAUAGCUUAUUAUAUCAUGAUAAUACAAAAUAAAGAAAACACUCCGUUUGGAUUUUUACUUUUUGUAUACCACAUUCAAAAAAGCCAACGACCAGGUUGUGAAUGCUGUAUAGCCUUUACACGUUUUUUUCUCAAUAGAUUGACAAAGGGUGUGGAUCAGAACCAUAACAGCACAUGCUGCCUGGAAGGCUGGUUGGCUGUCUCUGCCGCGAUAUUAUCGUGCAGGGAGCAGCUGCUGUGCAUGGCAAUCACAUUUCAUGCUGUGCCGCCUGUGCAUGUAGAGUGCUUAUUAUUGUGUUAUCGGUGCGCAAAUGUCUACCAACUCAAAAAGAGCAACCAUAGGAAAUUGCCACUGUAGCAUAAAUAGUUUCUUAUGGGGUAUCAGGUCUUAUUCUGUAUAUAUAUAUUUUUAAACAUAGCAAAGGUGCCUUUCAUUUUAAAGCAUAUGCAAUGAAAGGGAUGGUUCACCAGAAAAUCAAAGUCAGAUCACACUUUAAUUAAAAUGUUAGAAUCAGCUUUAUUCAAUGUGGAAGCGUUAACACGAAAUGAAAAAUGUAGAAUAGACCUAUUUCGAGGUAAGAACUGUACCACUUUAAUUAAUCUAAUAUCUUUAACUCUUUCUUUCUACUCUCAUCUCCCCUCACUCUCUCUCUUUCUCUGCUCUCCUCCCCGUCUCUCUCUCUCUCCCUCCCUCCAGCUCCCUCGUCCGUUCCUCACCAUGGGGUUCGGCAGCGCUGGCGAGCCUCAACCUCAGCCUCAGAGCGACCACCAGCCCCAGCGGAAAGAGAUGAGCUUCUGCGAGGGGCCGUGCCAUGCAGAACAGAUCCUCCAGGUGCUCAACGCCUACCGCCGCAGCGGCACCUUCACCGACGUGGUCCUGCAGGUGGACAGCAGUGAGUUCCCAUGCCACCGCGCCAUCCUCAGCGCCGGCAGCAUCUACUUCCGCACAAUGUUCAACGGGCAGCUCCUCGAGAGCCGCCAGCAGCUGGUGCGCAUCCAGGGUGUAGGUGCCUCCACCAUGGAGACGGUGCUCAACUUCGUGUACGAGGGCAAGGCAGCGCUGGAUGAGGGCAACGUGGGGAGCGUGUUCAGCGCCACCAACAUGCUGGGUGUCAGCGUGCUCAGCAAGGCAUGUGUGCGGUUCCUGGAGGAGCGUAUGGACCACUCCAACUGCCUAGGCAUCAUGGACUUCGCUAGCUCGUACUUCAUCACGCCUCUGGCAGACAAGUGCCAGACUAUGUUGUACAGGGACUUUGUGGAGGUCUACAAGCACGAAGAGUUCCUGAGCUUAGCCAAAGAGCGUGUGGUGGAGCUUCUGACCAGUGAGCAACUCCAGGUGGACAAGGAGGAGGUGUUGGUGGAGGCAGUGCUGAAGUGGGUGCACCACGUGCCCGCCGAGAGGAAAGGGGCCCUCCAGGAGCUGUUGGAGCUGGUGCGUCUGCCUCUGGUGGACCCUGUUUUCUUCGUCAACGUGAUAGAGUCGGACGACCUGGUCCAGGACUGCAGGGAGUGCCGGCCACUGCUGCAGGAGGCCAGGAUGUACCAUGUCCUGGGGAGGGAAGUGGACUCUGUGCGGACCAGACCGAGAAAGUCAGUAUUAAAACCAUUGGUGUCAAAAACAUCAGCCAGCCUUAUGUAUGUAUGUACAAUAAUGCUCUAUAGUGGUCGCUAACACUGGUCCUGAAUAGCUACAGGGUGUGCAGGCUUUUUUCCCAGCCCAAUGCAAACACAUUUAGUUCAGCUAAUUCAAGUAUUGAUGAUAAGAUGUUUGGUUAAAUCAAGUGCUGGGCUGGAACACAACUUCUUUAAGGACCAGGAUUUUGCUACCCCUUUUUCUAACCUGAAAACAAAACAAAGUAAAGGUAGAGAGAAGAGGGAAUUAUUCAAGAGCGAAAAUACAGUUCUGGUAUGUCUCUCUACUGUAGACUCAUAUUCCUAAUAAUCAUAUUAAUUUGGAAAAGUACUAGUACAUAUUCAGGGAGUCUGUGUUGUUGUCCAGUUUGUUCUCAGUUUUUCAGUUCAAGUAUAUUCACUCUGUCUGUCGGUCUGUCUGUGCUCAGGUGCAUGGGGAGAGCUGAGAUGAUCGUGGUGAUCGGAGGCUGUGACAGAAACGGCUUCUCCAGGCUGUCCUUCACUGAGAAACUCAACCCUUACACCAAAGAGUGGGUGCCCGGUGCCACCAUCCCAGGAUACUCCAAGUCCGAGUUUGCCAGCUGUGAGCUGCAGAAUGAAGUAUACGUGUCAGGUGUGCCACUGUUAUAAGGAAAUGUUGAUCGUCACAAGAUGAGACGGUGCAUAUUACUAUAGGUUUUUAUUAGUUUUUAUCUUACUUGUGAACAUACUAUUACCAUGUUAUUACAACUUUAUCCCAUGCUGUAAUGUAACGUGCUACCAAAAUAUUUGUAUUAUGUAAUGGUAAAUGUUUAGGAACAGUCCCCUAGAUAAUAAGCUAUUCAUACUGUAUCAGGGCAAUAACUGUGAACUAGCCAUGUUUGUUAUUGUGCAAAGCACAUUGCUGUCAAACCUGUUUUUACACCUUACAUCAGUUCUACUGUCAACUGACAGAGCUUCUGUUUAUUCAAAGGGAAAUGCAUGUUUUUCUUCAAUGUAAUUCAAUGCGGUCUGUCUUUAAUUGCUUUUCAUAGCAUCUCUGCUCUAGAUUUAUUUACACAGACAGGCAUGUCCAAAGCCUAUAAGAAAGCCCACGGCGAUAUAGUGGCAAGGAAAAAGUCCCUCAGGAAUACAGUGGCAUUUUUCAAAGCUAUUAAACAUGGCCACUGUCUCAGUUCUGAAAUAGGGGGCCAUAUGAAUCAAGAGUCUCAGAGGAGGAGUGUUGAUCUAUGAUCAGCUGUCCAUGUAAUCUUAUUAAUUGUGAUCUAAAUGGCAAAACUGAUCUUAGAUGAGCACUCCUCCUCUGAGACGCUUGAUAGCCUUCAUAUUGACCCUGGACUGAUUGUAUCGUCCUGCAGGAGGCCAGUUGAAUAGCUCGGACGUGUGGAAGUACAUGCCCCAGGUGGACCACUGGGUUCGUGUUGCCUCCUUGGCCAAGGCCAGGUGGAGGCACAAGAUGGUUGCUCUGCUUGGAAAGGUGAGCCUGCCUUUGUUCCAGUUGCCUCCUUUUGUGGAUACAAAGCCCCAUAAUCAUUGACAUCCAUUUGUGAUUGAGUCAGAGUCAGAGUUGUGAGCGCUUAGGAUUUCUCCCAUAAUGCUAACCUGGUCCCAGAUCUGUUUGUGCUGUUCUCUAUACAGCACAAACAGAUCUGGGACCAGGCUACCAUAAUGCAUAUCAGGCUGAAUCUUUGUAGAGUCCGAGCAGGCUGGUUUGCAAUUUGACCAUAGACUGGGUAGAAUAAGAAUUGUACUGAGUAUAGCUGUGUGCGUGUGUUUGUGGUUGUAGUUAUAUGCAGUGGGAGGCUUCAACGGGCUGGAGCGCUUGUCCAAUGUGGAGUGCUACAGCGUCUACGACAACCAGUGGCGGACUGUAGCCCCUCUACUGCUGGCCGUGAGCUCAGCGGCUCUGGUGGGCUGCUCUGGGAAGCUCUACGUCAUUGGUGGGGCUGUGAGCAACGACUGCAAUACCAACAAGGUGAGCUGGAAUCUGUGGUGUAGCGUGAAGUUGCCCCUAGACGCUGAUCAUGGGUCAGUUUUGCAUUUCCCCCACUAAUGGUUAAAGACGCCCUCCAGCGAUUUUUUUACUUUUACUGUUGAAAAGCGAUAUCCCAAGUAUAAAUACAGUAAAGUACACUGCAAACUUCAAGGAGUAGGGCAUUCAAGGAGUUGGUCUGAUGGGAAUCCGUUAAGCCAUCGGCCUCCCCUCUUGCUUGAGGAACAAUAGAGGAGCAAUAGAGAACAAAAGAGGAAAAGCCCGCCCCCCACUUGUGCAAUUUCAUGACAUACCUGGGAAGUAGGGGUGCUGAGAGUGCUGCAGCCCCCCCUGAAAAAUUGGAGUAAAAAAAUAUUUAUUAAUAAUGUAUUUGGAUAUUCUUUUAAGAAAUGUUUUUUCUCACAAAAGUAGUGCACUGGGCCUUUGCUAGUCCUUUAUUAGCGGACCGAUAUAGGCAUCUGUAGCACGGGCAAAAGAUCUGUACCUAUAGGACAUUUCCUCCCGAAAUGGGAUCUGUUGUAGGAUAAAGGUCAGGCAUACAGUAGAGGUUAGAUUACCCUUUUCAGAUUACUGAACUGAGGCGAACUGAGUUACGCAUCCACCAUAGUUGCUGGAACCAUGUGUGAAAAGAAAAGACCUGAGCCAGCACAGUACGGUUUGGGUGGUAUGGUAGUGUGAAAAGGGUAUUAGAGUUGGGGUAAACUAUUACAUUAAAGCAAUUUGAUUUACUUCACAUGUAUCAUGAAACCACAGUUCAAGUUUAAGAACAGAAUAGCAAUAUAGUUGACAUUUCAUCAUCUACCAGAACGUGUUGUUGUUAUUCUAGUCUUCACCACACUGUGACAAAGGCUUAAACAAACAAUAGCUGGAUUAUGGAAUGACAAGUACUCCCUGUGUAGAUAUAUUAAAUGUCAACCGAGGUUCUUCAAUUCUGACACAGAGAACCUUGUUCUGCUUUUGUGGAAUUUCUUGGAAAGUUUUGUGGAAUUUCAUGGAAGUGACCUUUUCCAAAGAACACCUUCAGAAUCAUGUUACCUACUUUCAUAUUACAUCUUGUCGUCCAUUUGUAGAUGUUCUCUGUACUGUAAUGCUCCUUGGACUGUAGGCUAUAACCAAAUUCUGAAGAUCAAAAUAUGCUAUUCUUUUGUGCCUUAGGGCUUGCCUUAACACGAUUCUUAGAAUGGAUUCCAGGAAACAAGCAGCAUUCCAAACUGUCAACACUAUCAUUCUCUUUCAUUAAGAACCCCCUCAUUUAGUAUUUGCAUACAAAACAGACACACUAUUUGUGUCGAGUGGAUCUGCUGUUGUUCUGCUAAUGUUUAAGCCACACACAAUACUGUAGAAUUAGUCAAAUGUAGUGUUUAGCCAUUUCCUACAAGACCCUACUUUUACUGUCCAUAGAGGUUCAGUGCAAUUUAGGCCGGUUUCCCAGACACAGAAUAGUCCUGGACUAAAAAGCAGUUUCAAUAGAGAUUGUCUAUUGAGAAUUAAUUUUACUCCUAGACUAGCCUUAAUCUGUAACCAAGAAACUGGCCCCAAAAGUAAUGUAUUAUAAGAAAACCCUAUAAAGGCAUACUAAAUGUCUAAUAAUACAAAAUAAAGGAAAAAUUAGCUAUUUAUAUACACAUGCAUACGUUUAAAACAUUUUAUAAUGCCUAAUAUGUUAUAUCUAUAUCUCUAGCACACAUUUUAUGUUUACCUUCUCUUAAACAACCCUGCUUCUGCUGUCCAUACCAUAGAGAUCCUAUUGUUUUAUACAAUAUAUGUACAAAAGUAUGUGGACACCCCUUCAAAUUAGUGGAUUCGGCUAUUUCAGCCACACCCGUUGCUGACAGGUGUAUAAAAUUGAGCACACCGCCAUGCAAUCUCCAUAAACAAACAUUGGCAGCAUAAUGGCUUUACUGAAGAGCUCAGUGACUUUCAACGUGGCACCGUCCUUGGAUGCCACCUUUCCAACAAGUCAGGUCAUUAAAUUUCGCCCUGUUAGAGCUGCCCGGUCAACUGUAAGUGCUGUUAUUGUAAAGUGGAAACGUCUAGGAGCAACAAUGGCUCAGCCGCGAAAUGGUAGGCCACACAAGCUCACAGAACGGGACCGCCGAGUGCUGAAGCGCGUAGCGCGUAAAAAUAGUCUCUCCUCGCUCGGUUGCAACACUCACUACCGAGUUCCAAACUGCCUCUGGAAGCAACGUCAGCAGAAUAACUGUUUGUCAGGAGCUUAAUGAAAUGGGUUUCCAUGGCCGAGCAGCCGCACACAAGCCUAAGAUCACCAUGCGCAAUGCCAAGCGUCGGCUGGAUUGGUGUAAAGCUCGCCACCAUUGGACUCUGGAGCAGUGGAAACGCAUUCUCUGGAGUGAUGAAUCACGCUUCACCAUCUGGCAGUCCAACGGACGAAUCUGGGUUUGGCAGAUUCCAGGAGAACGCUAUCUGCCCGAAUGCAUAGUGCCAACUGUAAAGUUUGGUGGCGGUGGACUAAUGGUCUGGGGCUGUUUUUCAUAGUUCGGGCUAGGUCCCUUAGUUCCAGUGAAGGGAAAUCUUAACGCUACAGCAUACAAUGACAUUCUAAACGAUUCUGUGCUUCCAACUUUAUGGCAACAGUUUGGGGAAGGCCCUUUCCUUUUUCAGCAUGACAAUGCCCCCAUGCACAAAGUGAGGUCCAUACAGAGGUUGUUUGUCUAGAUCGGUGUGGAAGAACUUGACUGAUCUCAACCCCAUCGAACACCUUUGGGAUGAAUUGGAAUGCCGACUGUGAGCCAGGCCUAAUCGGCCAACAUCAGUGCCCGACCUCACUAAUGCUCUUGUGGCUGAAUUGAAGCCAGUCCCCGCAGCAAUGUAACAACAUCUAGUGGAAAGCCUUCCCAGAAAAGUGAAUAGCAGCAAAGGGGGGACCAACUCCAUAUUAAUUUAUGUCCAUGAUUUUGGAAUGAGGUGUCCACAUACUUUUGGUUAUGUAGUGUAUGUUCUAUAUGUUCUAUAUGUAAUUCUAUGGUCCAUGCAGGUUCAGUGCUAUAACAUAGAAGAGGACCAAUGGACGUAUGUGGCAUCCUGUCCAUUCUCUCAGAGAUGCAUCAAUGCCAUCACACACAAUAACACCAUCUAUGUAGUGGGAGGCCUCCUGGACCAGAUUUACAGCUACACUCCUAAGACAGACACCUGGAGCAAAGUGGUGGACUUGCCAAUGAAACUGGUAAGUGAAUUUUAUACUAAACUAGUAGUUGCAACCAGUGGGUUACAUAGAAUAGGGAAAUCACUUUGCUUUUGACAACUCCUGUUUGUCAAUUGCCAAAUAAGGAUUUACAAUCACAAUUGUUGAAAUCACAACAAAAACAACCCCCAUGUAGACACCCAUGUAGAUACCCAUGUACAGCGAAUGUGAUUAUAAUUUCUAAUUUGGCCACAUAAGAGAAGAAACAGGAGUUGAGGAGCAGUAGGCCAUUAAUCAUUUGUGGGUUGUAAAGCCUCUAAAGCUACAUGAUUUUGGAGCUGCCAGGCAUAUAUUAGUUUGGCUUGUCUGGGUUGGGACAGGGGAAACAUGAUCCUAGAUCAGCACUCCUACUCUGAGACGCUUUAUGAAUAUGGCCCCUGACCCCUAUGUCUCUGUGUCUGUCCAUCAGGAGAGCUGUGGCCUGACGGUGUGUGAGGGGAAGGUCUACAUCGUCGGGGGGAGAGAUAGUUGUGCCUCGGCCACCGACCAGGUGUGGGCCUACUGUCCCGAGAGCGGCAAGCUGACGGACGAGAAGCCCAUGUCACGCAGUGUCAGCUACCACGGUUGUGUCACUGUCACCCAGUGGCCACCACAGAAGACCCACUGAGGUGUAGGGUGGUUGACACUAGAUGCUGAUCAUGGGUCAGUUAUGCAUUUUCCCCACUAAUGGUCAAAGUUAGUAUUGGUGGAGGAGAAGCUGAUCCUAGAUCUGUACCUAGGGGAAACAUCACCCCAUAACCUGGGCUGCUGCCUGAAGAUAGGCAGUUGACCGAAUCAUAUUCCCAUAGCCUGCUACUAUUGGGUGAAAGUACUUACAACUCCCUCCCCCAUCUAUAGACCACAAGAAUGAUGAGGCGACAAGAGACGGCUCAGACCUCACGUUUUGA